AUGUUAAACGAAAAUGAAAAUAAUGUUUUUUCUUGCAUAUCGAAAAUUACACGUGAACGACGUGCAGUAGCAUUAGGACAGCGUGGAGCGUAUCGAGGGUCGACUGUUUGGUUAACUGGACUUUCUGGUGCUGGAAAAUCGACGAUAGCUUUUGCAUUAGAAGAAUAUAUAGUAAGCAAAGGUCUACCAGCUUAUUGUCUCGAUGGUGAUAAUAUUCGAUGUGGUCUUAAUAAAAAUCUUGGAUUUUCUGAUGCAGAUCGUGUUGAAAAUAUUCGACGAAUUGCCGAAGUUGCAAAAUUAUUCGCUGAUGCUGGUUUGAUGUGUAUUGUUGCUUUUAUUAGUCCAUUUGAAGAAGAUCGAGAAUGUGCGAGACGUCUACAUGAAAAUUCACAAAUUCCAUUUAUUGAAGUUUUUGUAAGCACACCUUUGUCUGUAUGUGAAGCGCGAGAUGUGAAAGGGUUAUAUAAAAAAGCACGAACUGGAUUAAUUGAAGGUUUUACGGGUAUUGGUGCACCGUAUGAAUCACCAUCGAAUCCUGAUUUGAUAAUCGAUACAAGUGUGAUGCCAGUCGAUCGUUCUGUUGAAACGAUUAUAGGAAAAUUGGCUGAACUUAAUAUUUUAUCAUCUACAUUAAUUCUUCCAGUACAUGAACUUUUUAUGACUGAACAUAUUCGUGAAAAAGCCUUACAAGAAUUUCCAAAUUUAAAUAAAUUGGAGAUUACUGAAUUAGAUUUACAAUGGAUUCAAGUAUUAAGUGAAGGUUGGGCAACUCCUCUCGGUGGAUUUAUGCGUGAAACAGAAUAUUUACAAUGUUUACAUUUUGGUUGUUUAAUGAAAGGUCAUAUUGAAAACCAAACAAUUCCCAUUAUUUUACCAUGUGCAACUGAAGAUAAAGAACGUUUAAAAACAUCAUCUACAAUCGCUCUUUGCUAUAAUGAAAAACUUGUUGCUCUUUUAAAAAAACCCGAAUUUUAUGAACAUAGAAAAGAAGAACGAUGCGCAAGGAUUUUCGGUACUACAAAUCCUGAACAUCCACAUAUUAAAAUGAUUCUUGAAAGUGGUGAUUGGUUAAUUGGUGGAGAUCUUGAAGUAUUAGAAAGAAUUCGAUGGAAUGACGGACUCGAUCAAUUUCGUUUAACACCUAAUGAAUUACGACAACGUUUUCGUGGCAUAAAAGCCGAUGCAGUAUUUGCUUUUCAACUUCGAAAUCCAAUUCAUAAUGGACAUUCACUUCUUAUGCAAACAACACGUCAACUAUUGAUCGAUGGUGGUUUUCAAAAUCCUGUUCUUCUUCUUCAUCCAUUAGGUGGUUGGACAAAAGAAGAUGAUGUUCCAUUGCCUGUACGUAUGGCACAACAUCAAGCUUUUUUAAAUGAAGAUGAAGAUGACAGACUUGAUCGUUCUCGAACUGUUCUUGCUAUAUUUCCAUCCCCGAUGAGUUAUGCAGGUCCUACUGAAGUACAAUGGCAUGCGAAAUCUCGUAUGUGUACUGGUGCCCGUUUUUAUAUUGUUGGCCGUGAUCCAGCUGGCUUACCGCAUCCAUCGGAUAAAUCCAAAGAUCUUUAUGAUUCAACACAUGGUUCAAAAGUUUUGACAAUGGCGCCAGGUCUUAAUGAAUUACAGAUCUUACCAUUUAAAGUUGCUGCUUAUAAUCGUGUUUUAAAAAAUAUGACUUUUUAUGAUCCAAAUAAGCAUAAUGAAUAUGAUUUUAUAUCUGGUACACGAAUGAGAAAGAUUGCUCGUAAUGGUGAACAACCACCUGAAGGAUUCAUGGUACCAGCAGGAUGGAAAGUAUUAUCUACUUAUUAUCAAUCAUUAGGAGCAACAUCUUAA